CUCUGGUAGUCCUGUGCAGACAGGGUGAUCAGAGGUCCUAACCACGAAAGAGGAUAAGGCACUGCAAAAAUCUACUAUUACUGGUGUUACUGAUCCAUGAUGGUAUUUUCCAGUUUGUUGAACUGGAUAAGCACAUCAACUGUUCACUCAAAAUUGGCAAACUUGGGCUUUUCCUGGUUCCUUCACGAUCACAAAGCAUGCUAACGGUUUCUAUGGCAAUGUCAGAAGCAAAUGCAGGAGUGACUACACUCAGGAGUAUCGGAAAGCAGCCCAACCACAACCUCCUGAGAUCUUCCUGAAGAGGAUGAAGGAAACCCCUUCAAAGCACAUAUUCUCCAAGCACGACAACAGGCAUGCCUUCCCAGGAUCAGCAACGUAUUUUGAGAGUGGCUUAGGAAGGAAGAGAAUAGAGGGGAGCCUUCCCAGCACACACAACCUAAUCGACUGGAUCCCCCUGAAGGAAGAGUUACAACGUGAGAGACCCCUUAUCUCAAGUUACCAGGCUGACUUCCGCUCCAGAGAGAAGAUCCCCCAGUUGCUAGUCCGUCACGCUUACCUGGAAAGACAGCCCCUCCUACGCACCCCUAGCACCACCUACCAGCACACGUUCCGGAGCUAUUCUUUGAGGGAACCCUACCCCAGGGUACUCAAGCCGCACGCAAAAGAGAUGGAAUUUAAGGAGCAAGGGACAACUGCUCCUGCCUCCGACGAGACCACUGCUUCUGCUUCUAGUGAGACCACUGCUCCUGUCUCUGGUGAAUCAACUGCUGCUCCCACCUCUGGUGAGCCCACCAUUCCUGCACCCAGUGAGCACACUGCAACAGAAGCCAACCCGGUGGCAGUGGCAGAAACCCUUGCUCCAGAGGGAAAACCCAUCUACAGGCGUCCAAUGUCUUCCAAGCUACCCCGAUGGACGGUCUCUGACUGUUUGCAGUGGCACACUUGCUGACUGGACACCUGAUGUUUCCUCUGUUUUUGUCUACAGGAAGUUAAAUGCCCCUUUGUACAAGGUUAAGAAUGGGAGAAACUUAAAAUCUUGCUGGACUGCAUAACUUCUGUCUUGUGUGAGAAAUGAAGGGGCUGUGCUGCUGUGACUUUUCUACAGGCCUCCCCAUAAGGGCUUUGUCAGUAAGGAGGAAUGUAUAUCUGGAUUCCACUUACUUAAUUUAACCUGUAAAUAGCAUACUUGCAUUAACAGUCAAUUUAUGUUUAAUGAUUUACUUUAAAGGUAGCUAUUAACUUGUCUUGAGUCCCUGUAUUGAGAAAA